CGUGUCAGUCCCUUCAUUCAGCGACGCUCUCUCACAGCACUGCGGACCGAAACACAGCUGAAUAAUGCCUCCUAAAAGCUCGAAUAAACAGCAAUCUGAGGAGGAUCUGCUCCUGCAGGACUUCAGCAGAAACCUGUCGGCUAAAUCCACGGCGCUUUUCUACGGAAACGCUCUGAUCGUCUCAGCCAUUCCAAUCUGGCUGUUCUGGAGGAUCUGGCACAUGGACCUGGUCCAGUCUGCAGUCCUCUAUGCCGUCAUGACUCUGGUCAGCACGUACCUGGUGGCGUUCGCUUACAAGAACGUCAAGUUUGUCCUUAAACACAAGGUGGCUCAGAAACGCGAGGACGCCGUUUCCAAGGAGGUGACGCGCAAACUGUCCGAGGCCGACAACCGCAAGAUGUCCCGCAAGGAGAAGGACGAGAGGAUCCUGUGGAAGAAGAACGAGGUGGCUGAUUACGAGGCCACGACCUUCUCCAUUUUCUACAACAACACGCUGUUCCUGGUGCUCGUCAUCGUCGCCUCCUUCUUCCUGCUGAAGAACUUCAACCCCACAGUGAACUACAUUCUGUCCAUCAGCGCCUCCUCUGGUCUCAUCGCGCUACUGUCCACCGGCUCAAAGUGAGAGAGCCGCAACCAUCCUGAAGACGACCGAUUGCAGUGUUUUGGACGAGAGACUGGGGUACGAGGGUGGGGGCGGAGGCAGGUUGGGGGUGGAAAGAGUGGACUUUCAUGAAAUUAAUGAAGAGUGGACGCACAGGGGUCGUUACUGAAUCCUGCUUUUCAGUUUUUAUACAAUAAAAGACGUCAAACCCAA